AUAUAACACGACUAAUUAAGGUGCCGUCUCAGAACGAAAGUCCAUCUGAAACCGUUUGCAUCGAUUUCUUGCAGAAUCUUCAAAGAUUACCUAAACGUCAGUAAGUCACCAUUCGUCAACUUUGGUAAGUCCAAAUUUUAUUACUGUUUUAAUAUUUAACUACCUGCGCCAAUAAUAACUCCGAUCACCCAUUCUAUAACUCUGAUAGUUCAACAAGACACAAGUGAAGCAAUGUACUAAAUUCUCAGAAGAUCAGAGCGGCACUGAAAAUAACUUCCCACCAAUGUCUGAAGACUAUAUAUUCGCCAAUUACAGUCAAAUCAUAACAUGUAGCUGUGAAUGCAUAGAAUCAUUAAAAUAUAUAUCUUUAUCAAAGUAUUCAACUGUUCCAUCAUUAUUUGUGUUUCACUUAUAAGCACAAUACAAGUGAAAAGAUUGUAGAUCAUAUACGCAGCCUUGGUGAAAUAUAAGAGACUGACGUUCUCCGGCUGUAACUGAUAAAUAUUCAGUAUGGAGCAAUUUAAGCUCUCGGCUAUCAGUCCAUAUAUAACCUACGACCUAGCUGUACUCGAAGGCUUGUUGAAGAACUUUAUAAAUUUAACUAGUAGAAUAGACUCAACUGUCUAUUAAAUAUAUAAAUAAUUAUUGUCCUAGCAUUCAAUGCAAAAUAAAGAAAGGUACACUUCUAGAGGGAAUAAUACAGUCAACUGUCCAUGCACAGACGAUGCGCAAGAAUAACUUUGGCUCAUAAAUUUCGCAACUCAAAUUUAUUAAGUCAUUUUGUUGGAUAAUAUUUAGACAUAAAUUUUCAAAUUCUGCAAUUGAUCGACUGAAUUGACACAAUACUACAGGUUGUGAACGUUAGCGUUCAGCGUAAUAAAGUCUGAAUCUAAAAUCUGCGAAUAGAAAAAGUCAAUCGAAAAGCGCUCUAUAGUGAUAUACAAAUAAUGAAUGAAUUAAUAAUAAUGAAUUCUUGCAAUAGUAAGAAUAUUUUCAUUCGGUAAAAGAUGGAAUGUUCCCGAUUCAACGAGGCGACAGCCUAGUUGAAUGGAUCAUCCCAUCUUUCACCGAAUGAAAAUAUUCUUACCAUUGCACGAAUAAACAUUCAUAUUUGUUUUAUAUAAUACCAAAAUAGACUAAUAUAUUCGUAUGAGAUGCAUUUUGAUGGAUGCGAUUUAUCGAAAUCACAAAGAGUGCAAUGAAAUAAAACGUAUAGUAUAGGCUACAAUUGCACUCGCAAAAAGUGCAAUGGAACGUAUUCCAUUCAAUCCAUUGCACUCUUGGGAAAUCGAAUUUUAUAGUCAAUAUCACGUGACCGUAAACAGCCAAUUAAACGAUCAGAAAUUCAGAAUUCAAUAAGUAUUAUAUAAUACAGAAUAAACUCCAGUUUCAAAGGUGAUUUGAUGCUAUAUGCAAUUACUAUAAGCAAAAAAUCGUCUCGCAUUUGACCCUCUCACUAUUUAGUAAAGGCUAGUUUCCACUCAGGAAAAUUAUCCGUGGAUUGGAACGGACAAGAAAACUUCUCUUUUUCUUGUGAGCUCUGGGUUGGAACUAAUGACUUUAAUACAAAAUAUUCUUGUCCGUUCCAACCAUGAAUAAUUUUCCUGAGUGGAAACUAGCCUUAAUUAAGCAGCGACAAUGAGUUCGUGUAUUGACCGUUUAGAUUUAGCGAUGUCUAUUCUUGGAUUUCACUACGGCAUUAUGCAGUAAAUCCGACGGGGGCCAACCUCAAAUGUGUUGAUGCUUAUGCUGGAGUGAGAAUAUGACACGAACCCCCACAUAUUUGCCACCUACUCUCUCUGAUAAAUGUGUUUUGUUUUAGAGUUGACCCCCCCCCCCUCCCGUCACUUUUGUGACGUCAUAUGAAACCCAAGAAUAUUAGAAACAUUUAGCGAUACUAUUGGCAACAUCGCGUAUAUGGACUUAAAAAUCGUUUCGACCGAGUUGACGGUAUUUAGCAAUUAGCAAACGUCGUGUAUUCUGCGGCUUACGACCGCCAUGAAAAAUCACAAAUCAGCUUUGAAAUUUAAAGUGUUUGUAAAUUGUUGAGUCGGUUUUCUUUCAUGUACCGAGGUGAUUAUUGUUAAUAAUCACCUUGACUUUAAUCAUAGCCUAUCGAAGGGAAUAUGGCUGUGAAACUCAUUAGAAUAACAAUAUAACGCAUUAUCUAUGUUAGUCAACAUUUAUUCAUAAAUCUGGUCCUUUCACCGCCACGUGUUUAUUGUAUUUUUAGAAAAUCCACCAAUAGCAAUUUCCAGUUUCCCUAUUGUUGGAGUCACGGAUAGGUGACUUUCCUAAAACAUUCAUAUUGAUUGGUUGGGCAAAAAUACAAUGCACACGUGACGGUGAAGGACCAUAUUUAUGAAUAAACGUUGACCAACAUAGACAAUGAGUUAUAUUGUUAUUCUAAUGAGUUUCACAGCCAUAUUUCCUUCGAUAGGCUAUGCUUUAAUACAAAGAAAAAUCUUUAAUACAAAGAAAAGUUUUUAAUAAACACCUUGAAUAUUAAUUAGCUGAAAAGAUGAAAGAGAACUUAUAUUACACGCUUAUAUUUGGCACGCGGAUUCAAGAUUUUUGGUCCGCCUGUUGCGUUUAUACGACGAAAUUUUUGUUCUAAACGUUUUGGAUUAGCACGCCUAAACUGAGAACGGCACUCUGGGAACGGCAAUCUAUUCAGCUAUAACUUUUUGGUUUAGCAUAAAUUGAAGUGUACUAAACUUUAUUCCAAGUAUUAGAUUUACAUUCCAUUUUUACCAAUUUUCUUACCAAUUUUCUCUCUGUUAGGCUUUAGGACUCGAUACUAAUUGGCCUUAAUUGUUGAAGGAAUUUGUACAUGGAAAUUGCGAGUGGAAUUGUUAGUGGUAUUAGACCUAACUUGCGGGUUCCGUUCCUGCCUGAGGACCGAUAUUUGCAAUUUUUGCAACUGCUCCUUCCACUCGCAAUUUCCAUUUAGAAAUUCAUUAAGAAAUACUGUCUGAAGUUAUGCAUGUGAUGUACAUAUGUGCUAGCCAGAUGGGCGGGGAAGGGGAGGUACAUUUCCUUGGCUUCAGGUUAUAGAGGACCCCAGAGAGAUGACCCCAAAUAACAAUAAUAUUGUGAAUAAACUACGGCAAGUUGUUUCUCAGGAAGCCAAAGUAAAAUUAAAUAUUGGCGUUCUGAGAAAUAAUUUGUUAGUGUUCCGUAGUUUAUUCACAAUUUUGUUAUUUGGGAUCCUCUUUGACGUGGAGUCCAGAAAAUUGAACUUCCCCUGGUUUCCCCCAAGUCUCUGGGGGAACUGUCCUUGCGAUACUGUCUUGACAAACAAACAUACAGACAGACAGGGACACACACACACAUACUGUACAAACGCGGAUGGAAGCACAACUUCCUGACAGAGGUAAUUGGUACUUAUUUUCGCACAAAACUUGAAAGUGCUUGGAAGUGCUUACUUAAAUCAUCUAUAUGCUUAAAUUGUUCUUGGUUAAAGUGGUUCCCUACGGUUGUAAAGGGACAGCAGCGAAAAUAAUUUCUUCGCAAUGACGCUAAAUUUUGCUAUUUAUGUGAAACGGGGAUUUUUUUGGAACUAGAAUCGCUUGCGUAAUCUUUAUACUUCAAGCAUGCAUAAUCGUUCGAAAGGAGCAAAUUGUGUGUUGCUAUGGCAACAAUGUGGCCUAAGUGACAGCAUACAAAGAUCAAAUUUUGGCCGGAUUAAAAAUGAAUUUAUUAAAAUUUACAACUACAGCAGCAGGAACAGUGAAUUUCAUUAAUGUUGCCCGUUUGAACAGUUUAACGUCACUUUUUGCUGAUUUCUACCACCUUAUUUUCUGCCCUUUAGUCUUUGAAUUUUCUGAUACAAGAGGUGGUAUUCCACUCAAAAUUGAAAAAAGUUUAAAAUUACGUUAAAAUUAUAUAUUUUUGUACCCCAUGGAAGGUAUAGUGACACUGAAUAACUGAAAUUAUGUUUUCGAUACACAUGUUGUUGCCAUGGUAACCAGUUUGGAGGCCCCAAACUCUAGAAAACGGCCAUGUUUUGUGCAAAAGAUAACUUAAGAACCACUGGUCUAAAAUUCUCAAAAAAAAGGCUUAAAGUGUACAGAAAAGGUUGCUCCAUUUUCUGAACCACACAAAUACUCAUAUAUUUUAUUACAAGUAAAAAUAUAUGUGAAUUUUCCUAACAAAUGAAGAAUUUGUUAGGAGAGGCUAACAACAACAUGUCAAUAAUUUACUACAAUUAUAGGACAUUUGUCAUUUUUGUUGGUUCGGAACACAAAGCAAUAUCAGAACAAGCAUUUGUGAAAGUUUCAAAUAAUUACUACAAGUAUUUCUUGAGAUAUCCUUUUCAGAACACUACGGGGUGGCCAAAUUUCUGAAUUGGAACAAUUAUAAAUCAAGUUUCGAAGUUUAAGAUAAUAUGUGGGCUCACUUAUAUCCCUCAUAAUUGGAGCUCAUUCUCAGCAAAAAUGUUUGAUGCAAUCUAAAGUGAGUGACAUGCAUAAGUUUCUCCCUCCUUUUCUUGAUCCUGGUCCCCCUUCUUCCUCUUCCUCCCACGUAGAACUUUUCUCCGCAAUUUUACAUUAUCUUGUUCUUUAUAGUCCGCUUUUUUCAACCUAAGGUUAUCAUAUCGAGAACAUUCAGCUUUACAAUAUAUUCCAGGAUUAAUGCCAAUGCUCUUCAGAACUUGAAUAAAAGCUUCACAUCCAAUAUUGAAGUGGGCAAUAGCAUCAUGUACUCCAAGUUGCAGUACAUUCGACAAAUGUUUGUUUUGGUAACCGUUCCUAAAUCAUUCAUUUAGAGACUCAUUCUGAUUUUGAGUCUUGCUAUCUAAACAUCUUGGCAAAAGGCCAUCAACACUUAGCCUGUCAAAUGUUGCUUUUUAACUGCACCGCAAUUUCCACAGGCAUGCCAGCUCCAUGUUUGUAUUUAUUCGUUUUAUUUGCCUUGUAACUGCACCAACUGUCCUGACCUUCUGGGCAAUGAGGAUGUAGUGUUCGUUUCUCUGUUGAUGCGCAAUGAAACAAGCAAGCAUAAAUAGCUUAUUUCUUCAUUCCCUCCAAAUUGCCAGAAUUACUUCGUAUUGCAAUACCGUAAUAAUUUUUCAGUUUGUCUAUCAUUUUAUCUGUUAAUUUCCCUUUCCCCCCUAAAUCCUUGUUUUCUUUCUUUAGUUUUCGUAAAGCAUGCAGUUCCCAAUCGCUUCUGAACAUGACCCACACAUUCCUUUUUCUGAACAAUAAGCCCAUGAUCUUUGUAUGUAUCCUUUACAGUCUCAAAGCUUUUGCUGUCUUUAUCACCAAAAUACUCAUCAUAUACUAACUUAAGGCUUUCUAUUGAACGUUUAAACAUUCUAGAUGCUCCCUCAGGUUCCGUGGCUGGUGUGGUGAUUAGCCUUGCACGUAUCUUGAUGAUCUUUCCUCCAUGUAGCAUUUUUUUUGGGGGGGAGGGGUUUUUUUAGUUUACAUUUUUUACACACUUUGCUAAGUGCCUCAACAUCAAGCACCUUUCCCGUAUCAAUGCUGAUAACGCUUACACAGCCAUUCAGGGAGGCAAAUCCUCUUCUUUGCCAAGUGCCAUCACAAGAUAUUCCACAUUUGACCAGCCCAUUUUUGGACUCUGGUUUUAAAUCAUGAAGCUCUGUAGCAGCAAUAAUCAUUGUUUCCGACGAAACCUCUUUCACAGCCCUUGAGUGAAUGAACAACUUUAUUUAUAGAGGGUAAAAACACAUGACAGCAAUAUAACUGAAAAACCUGUGGCCCUCAUAUACAAUACAUACAAAGUUAUUAAUUCUACUUUAAAACGUCUAAAAGCUACUUAGAGUAAAUAUGUAAAAGAUUAUAAAUUUAUAUAUACAAAUUAUAUAGAGUACAACUUGCUGAUCACAAUAGUAAUUCAAAGCGAUCGAUGCCCUUAUAAGAUUCUAAGAAAUAAUUUUUAAGGGCAAACUUAAAGGAAUUAACGCUAGGUUUCGUCUUAAUAUCCUUCGGGAGAUUGUUCCAUAUUUUAAUGAGUUUGUUUGUUUCAUAUUUUUAUGGUUCCAUAUUUUAGCAGUGCUCUUGUCAUAUCAACAAACCGAAUCCUACUUACGAUUGGUGUACCCGUAGAUAUUAAGUCAUCAGCAGCCUUUAGUCGCUUUGAAGGAUUUAUUUUCCUAGAGUCGUUUUCGUUUAGGCUGUUCAUUAUGGCUGACAUGAUUCACCACAGUCCUCCGACCCGUUUCUUUGAUGUGUGUGCUGAUUACCACAAAAUUUUCGCUUUUUUGAAUAACCAGAUCGAGCACGUCGCAUUUCAAACCAACUUUUAACACCAAACAAAUACUAUUGAUGCGAAAAAUUAAAUUGCAAAUGAGAAAAUGCUUCGCUUAAAGUUUCGCUGUUGAAAUCAGUUUAUAAAGCCACUUUUCCAAACGAAAUACUUCAUGUAAACAUGUAUUAAAUGUCCUUGAUGGUUCUGAUAAAAAGAAAUCAGGGAGGGGUGGGUAAUUAUUUGUAUAUUUUUUUCAAAACCAAUCGGUAAGAUUCACAGUAAACUAUUCGUUGCUAAGGUGGUUGCUAAGGAAAAAAAUGGUACAUUUGUUCAGUAUUUCAAAUUUUUCUCCUAUUUAAUGAAGAAAUGCUUGACAACAUGAAAAUAUAAUAAAUAAGCAUGACAAUUUGCUACUUUCAAAAAAGUGAAAAAUAUCGACAUUUUGAGUGGAAGACCACCAUACUAUGUCCUUGAGAAGACAUUGAAUUAACUCUAGCUUCUUGACCUAUAUACAACACAUUAACCGCAGGUAAUAGGAAUAAUUUUCCUCGCUUACCAAAAUUUGGAAUGCUUUGCGUACAUACGUCUACGACUAUCUAAAAACGUUUACCACGGUUUGCUAAAGAAAAUUUUUGUUGCAGUUUACAGAAAAAUGGCAUUGUCUAAAGUGGUUGCAAAUAUGAAAGACGCGUUAUCUGCGGAGACGCACAAACGCAAGAAACUUAGAGAAACCGAAUUAUUUGUUCUUGACAAUUCUCUUCGCGAGAGUACUGUGGGACAAUUGCGAGGUCAUACUCUGGAAAAUAAAUGGAAGAUAUACGAAGAGGUGAGUAAUUACUGAUCUGAACAGGCACUGAGAAAAAAAUGUGAAAUCCAUACUAUGACAUUUGCAAUUGCACCACUAAAUCCAUAGUAUAUCCAUACUAUUUUGAUACACUAUAUCCAUAGUAUGGAAAUAUGCAAUUAUUAUGGAUCAUCAAAAAUCCAUUCUAUUUCCAAUAAAGAUCCAUACAAUUUCCAUUCUAUGGAUUUUCAAUUUUUUUCCUUUGAGGUAUAAACUAGUAGUAACAACUCAUUGUUCGUUUGUGCGCAGAGUCUUUUUUAAGAUUAGGCAGGGGGUUGGCAUCUGCACAAAGGUACAAUACUAUGCUGAGUAUGGAGUGAUGACAGAUGAUUGUUGGUGAGAAAAAUUGGGUGUGGUGUAGUAUGUAAUAGGGGGCCUCGUUUCGUAUUUUGUGCGUUUUCUGAAACAGAGUUUUGGAUGUACAGUGUUGCAUUAUGCUGUAAAUCUACAGUUAAGUACUUGCAUGGCAUGUUUUUGUAAGUACCACAACUCACACCAAUAGGGUCUGGGAUAUGCUAUCCACUGGGAAAGUUUUAAAAUCUAAGAAAUUUACAACAAAGUGUUUAACAUUUUUAAAAAGACAAGAACAAAAAUGACAUAAGAUUCACAAAGUAAGGUUCACUUACUGGAGUAUCAAACCUAACUUCUAUUCCAUGGUAACAUGACAUUUGCUUCUUUUUAUAUAUUUUUUAACAAAGUUGUAAAACCAAACAAUUUUUUUUAAAUAAAAUAUUAACAUGAAUUGUUUUUCUCUUGCGGUAAAAUCAUAUUUUACGCUUUUCUGCAAUCUGAUUGACUACUCGAACGGUCCGUAUGAGCCACUGAGCUAUAAUAUUACCGGAGGACGUGCUCCUAUCUAUCCGUCAGUCAAACGAGUGUCCGGAUUUUCAUGUUUGCUGACGCCAAUUGGUUCCUCCGGCUCAUGGCAAUUACCACUGGCCAACCGCGAUCCUACGCUUGAAAUAAAAUCCUACACUCCCCUGGUUUUUCAUAAUUUUCGAGUUCCAACUGAACAUUUUGAUAUUUUUGCAGUCGAGAAAAAAGUGUGUUAGUUUUAAGUUUUUAGCCAGCUUGUAGAUGAAACAAUUCACUCAAAAGGAUUAUUAUAUUUCUUGUUUUCAGGUAAGAUUCACAAAAGUUUUAUUUCUUUUACUUUUUUCAGUUCUUGCUUGCCAAAGCUUGGGCUGCUUCGGGCAAAUUUAUUAAACUUGCCAUUUCGAUGGAAAAGCGUAAAUACGUUCUGUCAAAAACUAUCGUUAUAAACAGCAAAUGUAUAAUAUUGCUAAUAUCAACAAUAUCACAGUAGUUUUGUAUCCUCUUUUUUGUUGUUCUUCAUAUUCAAACUCAUUCUCAUACUGUAAAUUAAAUUUUGUCUCAUAUCUUGGGUUCAAAAUCCUUUUCCCGACUUGUUUUAUUUUAUAUUACUUUGAAAUAAUGAAAUUCGUGAUUGGUUUUAACUGUUAAGUACCAGGUUUUUUAGCAGUAUUUAUUUAGGAUGCAUGUGCACAACUUACCUUUUCAGUACCCUGCCAGUUGCCACUCUGGCACUUUCAAAAAAUCAGCAUUUAACCCUUUAUUAUAAGUGAUUAAUUAAGGAACACUAUGCCCUACUUUGUUAUCUUACUCAGUCCAAUACCAGAUAAUUUUACUUGUUAAGGGGAAAGUGCUGGUGCACUCAAUUGAUUAAUAAUUUUAAGUCAUAUUAAACAUCAUUUUUUUAAUGUGUAUCACCCCCCCCCCUUUGGAUAUUCUAGCACAUUUUACUUGUGGAUCCCCCCUCUACACUGUCACAGCUGUAACUUGUAGCACAGGCUGUGGGAGUCUGAAUCUUUUCUGUUAUUGAUGUAAUGACCCAAUAUAUAGUUCAAGUGCCCUCACAAAUCCAAUGGAAUUUGCUUAUCCUGAGGCUGAUGCUCAAGCAUGAACAAGAAAAAUACAAAUAAGGUGUUUGAAUUCAAGGUCUGUUGCAGAAAUAACUUUAUUUGAUCAUUUCCAUUACACAAUAGCAUGUUUAUUAUAUACAAAGAGUGUCAAAGACCAUAUUCUUCACAAUGAACAUCUACUACAUAAUUAUAUAAUUGCAGUGUAAGGAUGUAUCUUAAUAUAAUGUUACAUUCUGAUAUUCUGUCAUUCACUUUGCAGGUAAAAUCAUUCACAGGUACCACAAGCCAUAUCACAAUGGAUCAAAAUGCUGAACAGCCAAAGCCAAAUCAUACCCAUCUGGCUACAAAGUCAUAAUAUAAUAACUUGUCUGGAUAGUUUUAUCACUGCUAACAAAAUUAAUUAUUUCUAAUAAAUGAUAGUUGAUUAUUCUUUAAUAAAGAGGUUGAACUAUGAACUGUCUCACCAUCAAAUAAUUCUGCAAUUAGACCAAAAAGAGAUUAUAUAAUUAAAAUGUUGUAAAAUAAAGUUUUUACUAAGAGACAAGAGAGUAAGAAAGUGAAGAAUGGAAAUGAGAAAAGCGGCUUAAGCCACCACACUAUUUAAAGGCUUCAAUGUAUCAUGCAACUACCUGAAAAAUAAUACUAUAGGUCUUUCACCUGAAAUGUUGAAGCUCAUUGAUUUCUUAGUUUCAGGUAGUUGCAUCUGAUACAGGGGUACACAGAGAGAGGACUGAAAUGAACAAAACCCCAAAUAAAUCCACCCGCAUGGACUUGAAGUGACAUUUUUUACCAAUUAAAUUGUUUCUGACUUGAUGUCUGACUAGCAUGUGUGACUUUCUCAGUUCUGGCCUGUAUAAUGAGAUCCAGUGCAACCCUAUAAAGCCUAUAAUCUAGAUACUUUGCUUAUACCUACACUUGUGAUUGGUACCCAACAUUCAAGAAGUACAAUCUUAUUUCUAGUCAGUGGCUCAAGAAUCCUCAAUUCAACAUGACAUUAACCAGAAAUCUAGGUAGAAAUCAUAUUUUUAUUUACCAGAUAAGUUGCCCACAGUAUCCUGAGCUUCUGGAACCUCUAGGCUAGAUUCUACUGGCACCCUAGAUUAUGCAUACUAUAAUAACCACAGACUCUAGUAUAUAUAAACACAAAGAAUAUAGAUAGAAGCACAUUGUUUCAUGCCUUUGCACCUGUAUAUACACUUAUUUACGAGCUAUUAAGCACAUACAAUUGCAAAAUCAAGCAUGUCAAAUUUCAGUCAUCAGUCUAUAUAGAAAACCCAAAGGAUUUGAGGGAAAAAACUGAUUUAACUGAAUUAAAUAAAACAAAAUUUGUUUAACAGAAACCAUGGCCAGCCAACAAUUUAACAAAGCUAGUAAAGUAAAAAAAAAACCCAACAAAUAAACGGCUUUGAAUAUAAAAACAAAGUUUCUGUAUUUUUUACGACAAGACUUUGAAUAUACGGGGGAAAAUAAUACGUUAUACUAUACAAAGAGCCUGUUAUCUAAUGGAUUAUAUUCUAUCAUGGCCCACUAUCUUUAAAAAUUAAAAAUAAAAGCAUAUCAAUAGUAAUGUGAAAUCUGAUUUACCUGUUAGCUCUGCCAUCAAAUAUCGCCUUUGCCUAAAUCUCUCGGGAUUUUCAUAUUGAUUUGUUGUCUUUCGCGGGCGAGAAUACCGUGCACGACUUUUAAAUCUUUGAACAAAUGGUCAAAAGUCGAAAAAUAUAAAAAACAACGAGAUUUUACUGCUAAAACCUCGAAAAGCAAAAAUUUUUUUAAUAAAACCAGAGGCACAGAGUAGAGACAUACAGAGACGUAACUAGUGUACCCACUUUUUUUGUGCGCAUGCUCGGCAAGUUACUAGAUGCAUGCAUCUGAUUGGAUGACAACCUGAUGACGACUCACUUUAAACUUGCUGAGCACGCGCAGUUGAUCAUUUUUCGCCCGGUCGCCUGAAAAAAAGUGGGUACAUGAUAACGUAAUCUUCCGCAGUGUUUACAACGGUCAGUUACGUCUCUGUAUGUCUUAUCUACUCUGUGCCAGAGGGGAGUGAAAAUUGUCGCGGCCUCAGAAUUGAGCCUGGUCAGCGGUAAUUCCAUGAGCCGGAGGAACCAGUUGUCAUGGAAAUGGCGUCAUAUGGCGCGAAAAUCCGCCAUGUUUUUGCGGACACUUUUUUGCCGAGCACUUCCUCCAGUAAUAUUAUAGCUCAGUGGUAUGAGCCCGUGCUCACCGCGCGAGACUUAAAGCCGUAGAGCGAGUUUAAAGGCUACUUUUUGAAACAUUAAAAUGUCUCCCGACGAUGAAGAACACAGUGAAAGUAAAUUUUACUAUCCCACAGAAGAUAUUACUCUUCUUAGCAUUGAUACAGAAACGACGUUUUAUCUGGCAGUUUCAUUCGCCUGCGGGAGGGGAGGUUGGGCAAUUUCAGAGGGGGAAUUAAAAAAAAUUCUAUGUACCGGUAUGGUCGAUCAGUAUAGAGAAAUAUUUCCCUUGGUCUUAAAAACGUCCCUCGACCUUCGGCCUCGAGAAAAGACCUUUUUUAAGACCUCUAGAAAAAUAUUUCUCUAUACGGACCCCCAAUCUGGUAAAUAACAUAUACAUAUUUCAUCGCAGAAUUUUAUAUUAAAAUGUUUGUAUGAAGAAAUUACUUAAUAUAAUUUUAAUAUAACUCACAUUGAAUUAUGCCACAAGAUGAUCUUUUCAAAUGAAAAUCAAGAAACGCUUAAAAUCUGACCUAAAAGUGCAAAGUUUGGACGAAACAUUUUCGACUAAUGAGCUAAACAUAUACGUCCGAGCGACCAAGAAUAAAUGGCCAAGAUGUAAAAUAUGUUUGCGGAUCAAAAUCACUUCAAUUUUAAUGCUUUCACAAUCAUUUAAAAUUGUUGACAUGACAAAAAAUCGUGUCCAAAACACAAUUGUUAACGUUGUUUACUUUUUUGGGUAACUAGACAAAAUUUAACCGACAAAAUACCUCCCAUUCCAACGCUGUGUAUUCAAACGCUCAACUGGAGUAAGGCGCCUUUAGUCGAUGUACUAGAAAUAAAUACAUGCAACAACCUCUCGCCUAUAUUUUCCAGGAAUUGUUUCAACAUGAAGUAUUCACAAUUACGCCAACACUGAACGCAGGCUCGCGUUGUACGUCAUGUUAGUCAUGGCAACACGAAUCACGAUUUUUAAAUUUUUGUGCAAAGCUGCAAAAAAAAGAUGAAACUUGAACACUUUUAAACACAGAACUAUCAAUUUCUAAAAUAUAUUAAGUAGCUAUAUUAUUUUGGUUUCUAUGGGCUUUAUUUUAAUGUAAAAUUCAAAACGAAACUCUACGUAAAACGUUUAUAAAUGUGAAUUGAAAUCAGCUGCUUUUUGCGAUAUUUAUAUAAAUUCUUCAAAUCAAACUUCUACUUAUUACUCUCACCUUCAAAGGAAAUAUAUUUAAUUGGUACAGGACGCUGAUGAAAAUAAUUUGCUUUCUUUUUUAUAAUGAACUUCUACAAAGGUUAAUUUAACUAAGAAACGUUCGCAAACAAUGCCCAGGAAUGACUUGAACAUCAAGAACAAAGGCCACAUUAAUACAAAGUCGUACAUAGACAAUUGAAACAAACUUGCCCUAUACUUUAGGAUUUCUCAUACUAAAUCAAUUCUUAUAUAUGUUAACGUUUACUGUAAAAAUGAUAAAAAGUUUAACAAUUUGUUAUGUGAAACGAUUUUCCAAGCUUUCCCACAUGCAUUUUUUAUAUUUGUUGCCUCUUCACUCCUGGCAAACAGCCAUAUUUUGAGAUCAGUGAGAUGACCACCCACGGAACCACUCACGGUAACCCACGCCCGCGGUCAUUGAUUAACUUUAGACUUCGCUAAUGCUUUCGUUUCCUCGGGUGUAAAUAGCCGUGGGAAUAGUAGUACCCUCGCACGGCGCUUCGCGCCGUCGGCUCGGGGAAAAUAUUAUAAGCAUGCGUCUACUGAGUAGGCACCGCACAUACUUAUAAUAUUUUACAUCAACUGAAUUUUUAAGUUUGGACGACUUGAUAACAUGUCCAAGUGUUAUUUUGAUAAGUUUCUCUUCAUUGAAGUCAUCAAUAAGAGCCAUUAUCCUCAAUAUUUCUACAAUACAAGUUCAGCCAUAUUGUAGGCCAAACAAGCAUUCACACGAUACACCAGUUACGAUGUAAUAGUUAGAUUGCAAAACAUUUGUCACACGGGUCGCGACAGUGCAAACGAUUCCUCAAACAUUUCGUAGUUUACAAAAACCAGCGAAACUACAACAACAGCAGAGAAAACGAUGCUCCUAAGCAAGCUCGCAAUGACUUGUUCAUCUGAUCUGUGCACUGGGGCCUUUGAGUUAAUUCUACUCAUGCCUCAUUAUUUGUUUUCAUAGAGGGAAAAAAAUAUUACUUUGGAAACAGUGGCUUGACACACAUGGAAAUAUGGAGGUGCGAGCAUGGUUAUUUAUUGUCAUUCCUUCAUUUUAUUAACAGGUUAAGAAAGUCGGCUAUCAGAAUAUCAUUGUUGCUUCCUUCUCGCACAUGACCCGCCUAGGAGACAAGUUCUGUGAAGCACUCGCAAAGGCAGGAGAAGAUUUCAGCAACCUCUACGCCUUCAGUGAAUUCAUCGAGUCAAUCGAUAAAGAUAGAGUUCCCAACAUCAAGAAGCUUCCAGUCGGUUUAGAGAAAAUGAAGCAGCUAGGAAUCCGACAUGCUGUCAUAGAAUUUGAUAUCGUUUACAAGGGAAUCGACUAUACGAAGUUUACAGUGAACGAUAUAUGUGCUCUCAUGAAGAAGAGAAUGGAUUGGUGCCGGUCGGAGUUGCACAAAGAAUCCAGAGUUCUUUUUAACAUCCGUGAUUUCUCGGACGCCAUGAGAUUGAAACCUGAAAGUGUGUUAGAAGUGGUCAAAUUCCUGUCGUCCUUGCCUGAACACGAGCGUCCCUUUGCAAUCAUCUACGAAGAAUCUGGCAAAAAUCUUCCUGAAGAGCUCGGUGUUUGGACUGCUGCCGUUCGGAAAGUGAUGGAUGACAAUGGUUGGACAGAGCACGCAGAGAAGAAAGGUCAUUUGCUGGUCCACGUGCAUGAGCAAUGGGGACUUGCUCACAUGACUCAAAUGGAGUGCAUUAUAAACGGAGCUACUGGAAUCUGGGCGAGUCUUUGCGAGGAAGGAGCCUCAAUGGGUCAUGCAUCUUCUUCAAUUAUGUUGAUGAAUAUGAUCCGAAUGGGAAACAAGAAAGUCCUCGAUCAGUAUAAAGGUUGUGUGAAACUCCGUGAAGCUGCUCAGAAUGUCACCCUUAUUACCACUGGAUUACCACCUCAUCCAAAACAGCCAGUUUACGGAGAGCGAGCUCUAGAUAUGGUAUUUGGUAUGCCCAACUUCGCCCCUGACAAGAAAGAAUUCUCCAUGGCUGAAUUCUUUGGUGAAAAUCCCGUGAUGAGGAUGACAACGCUAGCCUCGCCGCAGAUGGUUGUUGAUCGACUGACCAAUCUUUUUGGUAAAGAUCCACAAUUUACUUUGGAAAGAGCACAAGCUAUGUUGGCAAAGAUGCUGGAAGAUCUUCGCAAUGGCCGCAAAGAAGAGUACAUGAGCAAAGUUGGUCUGGCUGUGUUAUUUGAUCGUGCUGGUGGCAAACUCACCGGUGAAAUGGCUGAUGCUAUUGCUGCAGACAAACCAAGAAGGUUACAUAUUAACGAGUUGUUGGCUGAGAUUCGUAAAAUGUGGGAUGAAUGGGAUCUUAGCGACGAGGUACAGGGAGACGACAAGCUAGAAUUCGAUUCUUUCUACAAUGGUUUUUUGGCACCGUAUUUUGGCUGUUACAGAUGUGACGAAACAAAACGCGCGCUGAAAGCUAUUGAUAUGGAUGAAGAUGGUUCGGUUGACUGGAACGAGUUUGCAUUGUACCUCAAGUGGGCUGCUCACGAGUACCCAGAUGUCAAAGAUGCCGAAGAAUUGCUCUCAAUUGCAUUCCGUAAAGGUCUUAUUCCCGCCAUGCAAGAUGUAGUCUUGGAUCAGGAUUCCACAAACAAUAAUAUGGCAUAACAUUGAUGCGCACUUUUAUACUUUCAUUUAUAAUGUUGUUUGAAGUUACAUUUAAUUUCUUGCGUUAAUUGGCUUAUUAGUUUUUACGAACAGCAUAUAUUCCGUUUAUUUUAGUAUUAUAAUUUGCAUAAACAGAAUUAGUUUGAUUGUUUUCAAAACUUAUAGGAGAGUAUAAUUUAGGUAACCAUCGUUGCUGAACUUGGAAAAUUCUUCUUUCAUUUCUUU